AUGAUAUCUACAACAUUAAGACAAUGUUGCAAGAGCAAUAGUUCAUCAUCACUUAUGAUGAGAUACUUGUCAGGCUCACAGAGAAUCAGCUCAACAACAACAACAUUCAAGAAAGUUGGACCAUCAUCUCUCACUGGCAUUGCAUCAUCGUCAUCAUCAAUCAAACCAUAUACUCUGAGACACUACUCUGUGUCUUCAUCAUCAUCAGGUUCAUCAGACUCCUCGAACAAUACCAACAACACAUCAUCAUCAACAACAUCAGAGCAACAAAAGACUGAAGAACAACCUCAGGAUCUUAGACAGGUUGUUUUGGAUCGUGCGAUGCAAUACGUGCCACUGUAUGGUUGGUCCGAAGCUGCAAUCGCUAAAGCAUGUACAGACCUUGGCUAUGCACCAACGAUGCACGGUCUGUUUGAGAAUGGAGGCUACGAUCUGGCAUUCCACUUUGUCAACAGGUGCAACAAACAGCUCAAGGAGAAGUUGUCUGGUGACGUGCUUGCCACCCUCACACAGCGCGAGCGCGUCAAGAUGGUGAUCAAGGUCCGUCUGUCCAUGAUCACACCCUACCUCAACCGAUGGGCUGAGGCCAUGCAACUCCUUGCACAUCCCUCCAACCUCACAACCAGUGCUCCAUCCAUGGCCUCACUCGUCGAUGAGAUAUGGCACCUUGUAGACGACCGUUCGACCGAUUUUGAAUGGUACACCAAGAGAGGCUUGCUGGCCGCGUUGUACACCUCAUCCGAGCUGUACAUGCUCAAUGACACAUCGCCAGAGCACAAGGACACAUGGCGCUUUGUGGACGACCGUGUAGACGACAUGGUCUCACUGCUAAAGUUCAAUAGAGAUAUUGGCGAGUCGGCUGCGCUGACAGCAAACAUGUUGCUAAACUACAUCAAUGGCAAGAGACGU